AUGCCUCUUCAGUUUCAAGAUAUGACAUACGGGGAUGCUACCGCUUUUGCCACGGCGUACAUCCUCUCAUUUGAAAGGCUUCAUGCGGCAAGACCAGUGGAUGAGAAGAUCACCGGAGUGAUUAGUCGUUGGCCACGGAAUUAUAGCGAACCAUUCAAUAUUUAUAAGAAAAUCGUUGACUCAGAAACCGGAAUGCUGGUGAGCUGGAUCAAGGUUAGUUUGGAUAAUACGAACCUGGAUCCGAAACUAUUCUAUCCCAAUGACCUCCCGGCCGACAUGUGUAUUGGACCUGGAAUAGCGCAAGCUGCAUCUGUGGCAGACCAUCGUGCUUCUCAAGCAUCUGGCGAGUCAGAAUAUGCGAUGAUGGCGAAAGCGGCGCGGGAGCGCGAAUUGGGCAACCACCCUGCGAUAACUCUGAAAUUAAUAGGCACACAUCCGGUUGCGCAAGGUCGAGGUGCCGGAAGUAUGCUCAUGCGUUGGUUGGAGAAGUUUGCAGACGACAAUGGACUUCCUUGCUGGGUGACAGCUGCACCAGGUAAAGAGUCCUGGCAAGCUCCUGCCGUUAAUGCCACUCACGAAAUUUGGUUAGAAAAAUACAAGUCUGCGGCGAGCCCUGAUUUGCAGAUUCCUACAGAUACGCCUUCUUCUACUAGCAGACAGUGUAACAAGCUGGAUGAGCUCUUAAGUGAUAUAGCGGUGACUGGCCCGAUAGUAGGCGAUGCCGAUGACUUCGAAAUAUUUAUUUGUGCUCCUCCCAUCCGGAUUACCGGAACUGCGCUCGAGUGGUGGCUACAUUCAGACCAAAGGAAAGCGUACCCGCGGCUUUCUCGUAUAGCAAUAGAUAUCCUCUCCAUUCCUCCUGAGUCAUCUGACGCAGAGUCUCAUUUCUCAUCCACGCGCCGCACGCUAUCUUGGGAUAGAGAGCGCAUGACGUGCGAGAAUCUGGCGAAGGUGGAGUGUGUGGGUAACUGGAUACGGGAAGGUAUCAUUGUUCCCAAGUCGCGCGGCGGUAGGGGUGUAAUUUCGAGCGUAGCUGUAGAAUUCGGCAUGGAUACGGAGGUUGAAGUCUUGCUAGACUAG